GGUGGCGUCUCAGCUCUCACCCCCACCGCAUUGCGCUGCAAUUGGGGGACCCCGGCUCCGACAUCGACUCCAACUCCAACUGUAGCUGCAGCUGGUUUGAAUGCGCCCCAUUCAUUCAGUCUUUUGGGGUCCGAGAGUAAUGUCGGCCUCCCAGUCCCGAUCGGGCAACGGCAGCGAUAAAGACAAAGUCAGCGGCACGACAGAAACGGCGACGCCUGUGCGAACGGAAGUUCAAAGUGUGGCACAAAGUUGCAAAAUCGAAGGCAAUCGGUGAUCAGUGUGCGAAUUCAUUCGGAUUCGAAUCGCCAUUGGGAAAUUGGAGAACAAUAAAAACGCAAACGCAUCAGAGUUCUCUGUUUUCAGUGGCUUUUCUUCUCCAUCCAUCGACGAACGAACCGCUUCAAUUGCAAUUAUAAAUUGAAUGCUUGAUUCUCGUUCUCUACCCACUCCCCCCUGCGCCAUUCACUGCGUGCUUGCGAGUGUGUGUGUGUGUGUAUCUGUGUGUAUGGGGUGAAUAACAUAAAACAGACAACGGGCGAAAGCAUAAAAUAAACAAUACCAUUUCGGGCGGUCAGCUGGGAGGAAGUUCUGGCCCCAGCGCUGCUGGUGGUGGCGCAGCGCAGCGGUGGUGGUGGGUGUGGGUGUGGGCCUGUGGGAUGUGCCCGUUGUGGAAGUGCGUGCUCGCGCAAAGCUAAUGCUUAGAAUCUAUUAUGUAUCCGACAAGUGCUGACGCGUUCGCCUUCUGACAUCGCCAUCGGACAAUCUCUGAACUCUGCGAAAACGAAUCAUCCAAUAUGUGUUACGUUAUCAUCACAAGCGGCAGUCUAGUCUGGUUCCUUUGCACCCUGGUUGCGGACAUGCUCAUAGCGGCGGCAUUGGUCACGCCCAGAUGGCUGAUUGGUCCCGUCCAGCACGUGGAUGGGCUCUCCUCCGUCGCCAGCCAGCGCCAUUCCUCCGUGGGCAUCUACACCCGCUGCAAGGUGAUGCACCAGGUGGGCUACCACUGUGGACGCUUUGACCUGGAUGGCCUAGCCACAGACAGCAGCGUCUAUCCUAGCGAGUGGAAGGCGGCCAUGUUCUUCAUCUCACUGGGAUUCGCCCUGCUCUCCGUCACAGUUCUGCUGACUCUGCUCACUUGCUGCCGUCAGUCGGCCUUUGGCAAGAGCAUCCACAACAUGACCGCCUGCGCUCAGGUGGUGUCAGGAAUCAGCGUCAUGUUGGCCCUCUUUCUGCAUCCUCUGGGCUGGCGAGCGGCUCGUGUCCAGCGGUUGUGUGGUCCGGAGGCAGAACCCUUCUAUCCGGCCGACUGCAGUAUAGGAAUCUCAUUUUACUGCGGCGUCAUCGGCAUACUCCUCACAUUCGCUGCCGCAGGCAUCAGCUUAAAGGCGGAGUCCUCCAACAUGCGCACGCGCGUUCGUCGACGCGUCGAGGAGGGCAGCAAGCUGGUGUGCAUUCCAUAGCUGUAGCGGCCCCAGAAAAUUGACAACUUCCAUUUAGCGGGAAUACUUAACUUCAUUUGCGAAUUAACUGAAACUAGUAUAGCAUAAAUAGACCUCUAACAUUUCUACAAUAUAAUGUACAACAUCCGGCGGAGUGCCAU